GUAAAAGUGGAACCGAGAGUGGUACGAGAGACAGAACGAGAGACAGAACGAGAGCAAGACAGACAGACAUUACCCUGAGCCUGUUCGUUUCCGACACGGAAGAUGAGGACUUUGGUGGUUUUAGUACGCAGGAAGAAGACGGAGAUGAGGAUUAAUGACUUGACUUUUCUGGUUACAGCCGUGUACUGCACCUUAGCCUAAAAGAUGAAGACGAGGAUUAAUGACUUUUCUGUCGUGCUGUUCAGAGGAGUCUAGCCGUCAUCAGACAUGCUCAUCAGAAGAAGUCCCAGAAACAGUACUGUAUGUACUACAACCGCUUUUUGCAAGUGUAACCGUGGCAAUACCUGCCCCUACAUCCAUUAUCCUGAUUGGGUGGCCAUCUGUACCAGGUUCCUGGGGGGUACGUGUAAGCAGACAGGCGGGACCUGUCCAUUCUCCCAUAAGGUGGCCAAGGAGAAGGUGAAACUAUGUGGCAACAAACACACACACAACGACCUUGAGUGUAAGAAGAAGCACACCCUGGUGUGUCCAGACUUCUCCAGUAGUGGCUCCUUUCCCCGAGGGGCCCAGUGUAAGAAGAAGCACACCCUGGUGUGUCCAGACUUCUCCAGUAGUGGCUCCUUUCCCCGAGGGGCCCAGUGCCAAGCUUGUCAGUGGUCCUACCUUAUGCUCAAGCUGCAGAGGGUUCUGCUCAGGCAGAUCCAGGGACACCCUCGUCCUCUUCCUUGGGUCCUCACAACACCAAGCUCCCGUCCUUCAUCUCCUUCUCCAACUCCCCCGAAGACACAGACCCCCCCGGACACGCCCCUUGCCGACGGGGCAGAGGUCACAGAGAGAAUACUGCAGAUCAAGCCUCGCUUCUAGAACUACAGAAACUAGAAUGGAUAUUGCCUGAACACCAAAUGAGCUUUGAAAAUACUACAGAGACGUACGUAUUGAAUGCUUAUGGAAGCUCUGACGUUUCUCAGACCCAUAUCUGUAUCUGCUCUCAACCAUACACAGUGUCUAUAAUGUAGCUAAAAGUUAGUUUUAUGGACUCAUACAUUUCAUACAGCAAUGAUGUUUGUAAUACAGAUUGUAUUGA